CUUACGCGACCCGGCCCUCAACAAGGGCCUGGCUUUUACUUUGGAAGAGAGACAGCAGCUUAAUAUUCAUGGAUUACUACCUCCCUGUUUUUUCAGUCAAGAAAUUCAAGUUUUAAUUGAACUGAAAAACUUUGAAAGACAAGCAACCGACUUGGAUAGGUAUAUUUUGCUAAUGGGUCUUCAGGAUCGAAAUGAAAAACUCUUUUAUAAAGUGCUGACUUCUGACAUUGAAAGAUUUAUGCCUAUUGUUUAUACUCCCACUGUGGGUCUGGCAUGCCAACAAUAUGGUAUAGCAUUUCGGAGACCAAGAGGACUCUUCAUCACUUCCCAUGAUCGAGGACAUAUCGAAACAUUGUUUAAAUCAUGGCCUGCAACUACCAUAAAAGCUAUUGUAGUGACUGAUGGAGAACGUAUUCUUGGCCUUGGAGACCUAGGUUGUUAUGGAAUGGGCAUCCCAGUGGGUAAACUAGCACUUUACACAGCAUGCGGAGGAUUGAAGCCCCAGGAGUGUCUGCCCGUUAUGCUUGAUGUGGGAACUGACAAUGAGGAAUUGAUAAAUGAUCCUUUGUACAUUGGUCUGAAACAUAAACGAAUCCGAGGCCAGGCUUAUGAUGAUCUUCUAGAUGAAUUUAUGGAAGCUGCAGUUUCCCAGUAUGGCAGAAACUGCCUCAUUCAGUAUGAAGAUUUUGCUAACCGAAAUGCAUUCCGUCUUCUGAAUAAAUAUCGCAACUUGUACUGCACUUUCAAUGAUGACAUUCAAGGAACAGCAUCUGUGGCUGUUGCAGGUCUCCUUGCUGCACUCCGGAUUACUGAAAAUAAAUUGUCUGAUCAUACAGUACUCUUUCAGGGAGCUGGAGAGGCAGCCAUGGGCAUAGCCAAUCUUCUCAUUAUGGGCAUGGAAAAGGAAGGGAUACCUAAAAAGGAAGCCAUAAAAAAGAUCUGGAUGGUAGAUUCAAAAGGAUUAAUUGUAAAGGGUCGUGCUUCAUUAACAUCUGAGAAAGAAGUGUUUGCUCAUCAGCACGAGGAGAUGAAAAAUUUAGAAGACAUUGUUAACAAAAUAAGACCAAGUGUUCUUAUAGGAGUUGCCGCAACUGCUGGUGCAUUUACAAAACGUAUUAUCAAGGAUAUGGCUUCCUUCAACAAGCGGCCAAUAAUUUUUGCGCUCAGUAACCCAACUAGCAAAGCAGAAUGCUCUGCUGAAGAUUGCUACCACCUAACAGAGGGGCGAGGCAUUUUUGCAAGUGGAAGCCCUUUUGAUCCAGUCACUCUUCCAGAUGGACGCACGUUUUAUCCUGGACAGGGGAAUAAUGCCUAUGUGUUUCCAGGAAUUGCCCUUGGAGUUGUUUCAUGUGGAGUGAGACACAUAAAUGACGACAUUUUUCUCCUUACUGCAGAGGUUAUAUGCCAACAGGUAUCAAAGAAGCAUUUAGAUGAGGGCCGUUUGUAUCCACCUUUAGUUGCAAUUCGAGAUGUCUCUCUUAAAAUAGCUGUGAAAUGGAACCUCGGAUUACGAACGCUUCUGUUAAC